CUGCGCGGCGCGGCAUGGCGGGCGUGGCGCGGGAGGUGCUCACUCUGCAGUUGGGCCACUUCUCGGGCUUCGUGGGCGCGCACUGGUGGAACCAGCAGGAUGCUGCCCUGGAGGGCCAGGCGGGUGCCAAGGAGCCGCCGGGGGAGCUGUGCCCCGACGUCCUGUACCGGACGGGUCGAACGCUGCAGGGCCUGGAGACCUACACGCCCAGGCUCAUCCUCAUGGAUCUCAAGGGCAGUCUGAACUCCCUCAAGCAAGAAGGAGGACUCUACCGAGACAGACAGCUGGAUGCAGCUAUAGCGUGGCAGGGAAAGCUCACCACAUACAAAGAGGAGCUCUCUUCCAAGAACCCUUAUCUCCAGGACCUGCUGAGCGCUGAGGGAGUGCUGACGAGUGAUGGUGUCUGGAGGGUUAAAUCUGUACCCAGCAGCAAAGGAUCCCCAACACUCACCACUACCCCGGCUUCCAAACCACUUCACCCUACAAAGGAUACCAUCCACGUCUGGUCUGAUUUCCUCAGGGUUCAUCUUCACCCCCGGAGCAUCUGUAUGAUUCAGACGUACAAUCAUGAUGGGGAAGAGGGGCGCCUGGAGGCCUUUGGUCAAGGGGAGAGCAUCCUGAAAGAACCCAAAUACCUAGAGGAGCUGGAGGAUCGGCUGCACUUCUACGUGGAGGAGUGUGACUUCCUGCAGGGCUUCCAGAUCCUGUGUGACCUGCACGAUGGCUUCUCAGGGCUAGGUACUAAGGCAGCUGAGUUACUCCAGGACGAGUAUAUGGGAAGAGGGAUCGUAACCUGGGGCCUGCUUCCUGGUCCCUACAACAUUGGGGAUCCACAGAAAAAUAUCUACCGAGUAUUAAAUACAGCCUUUGGGAUGGUGCGCCUGGCUGCUCACAGCUCCCUGCUCUGCCCCUUGUCUUUGGGUGGGGGCUUGGGGCUGCGACCUGAGCCUCCCGUCAGCUUUCCUCACCUGCGCUAUGAUGCUACCCUGCCCUUCCACUGCAGUGCCAUCCUGGCCACAGCCCUGGACACGUUCACAGCUCCUUACCGCCUCCGCACCUCCCCGCUCUCCAUGGUGCAUCUAGCAGAUAUGCUGAGUGGUGCCGGGAAGAAGGUGGUGACGGCCGGAGCCAUGAUCCCUUUCCCCUUGGGUCCCAACGAAUCACUUCCAGACAUCCUGCAGCAGCUGGGGGGCAGCUCCCCCUGGACCCCACUGUCUGGAUGUGGGGACCCUCAUGGAACACAUUGCUUUGCCCAGUCGGUGGUACUACGGGGCCUCAAUAGAACACACCACUCUAGUCAGCUAAGCCCAGGAACACCACUGCCCUCACCACUCCAUGCCUGCAGCACCGGGGACGAAGUCUUAGCUCAGUUCCUGAAGCAGGAGCAGCCCCAAGCCAGGAGCUCCAGUCAUGUCCUUCUGACGCCCUGCCCGGUCGUACCCCCAUACCCCCGCCUCUUCUCCUCACAUCUGAGUCGCAACGGUUUGAUUCUGGAUGAUCCUCCCGCUGGGACAGCUGUGGAGAGCAUCCCUGUGCUGGGGGCUCUGAGCUCCUCCUCAGUCCUGCAUAGCGCCCUGGGAGGCUUGGCUAAGGAACUCAGCAGACUUGAUCUGCGGCGCUGGAACAGCUUCCUGGAGGCAGGCAUGGAACAGGAUGACGUGGGGGAGAUGCUGCAGGAGCUCCAGAACCUGGCCCAGUGCUACCAGGCUGGUGACAGCUUCUCGGACUAGUGUCCCCAACAAAGGGACAGAGCCAGUGUCGAAUAAAGACUACUAGGAGUGGA